AUGCGGCGACGGCGGGCGGGCGCGGCGCGGAGGCCGGGCAGCCGGGUGCGGCCGGCGCGAGGCGCUGCCGGGGCAGCCGGACGGCGGGCAGGCCGUGUCCUGGGGUGCGGCGCAGCGCACGGCCGGGCAGCCUUGACGCGGGCAGGAGGGCGCGCGGCCGGGCGCAGCGUGACCGCCGAACGAAGCGCGGAGCAAAGGCUCCGUCAACACGCGCGCGCAUGGUGUGCCGUGUGCGGGAUCCCGCUGUCAAGCAAGGGCUCGGAUCAUGGACUAUCCAUGUUCAUGGAUUUCCUUUGUACAGAAGAAUUGAAGAGGCAGUUAGAGAUCGAGAGAUUUGUGGCCGUGGCCGGACGGCGCGAGGUUGCGGCUUGGAAGCGCUUCCGCCGCGUUAGCGGGUGCCACCACGCCGAGCCAAGGGCUGUUGCCCUCGAACUCGCGGGCGAGCGAUGCUGUAGCCAGGGAACCGUCGCACCGAUCGAAUCGCUCCGCCGGGAGCGUGCUGAUAACGUGUUUAAAGAACUGAGAGAGACGGGAGACCGAGAAACCAUCGGCGGCGCGGCGCUGGAGCUGGCCGGCCGCGCGCUCCCGCCGGCGUGCCCCGCCGAGGUCACCCUCCUGCUUGUGCGCGGCGCCGACGGCAACGACGAUGCGCCAGCUUACGCGAGUGCGGACCGCGUCUCGGCCGCCGAGGGCGCGCGGUUCGAGGUGUACGCCGGGGAGGAGGGGCUCGCGGCGGAGGGCGCCUUCGCGCGGCGCAAUGGCGGGUGGCGCGUCGAGUUCCGCCGGCCGGCCACGUCGCGCUCGCGCGUCGCGGAGGUGCUGGUCCUCGCGGAGGGAGGCGUGCUCAUAAGAGCCAGGGCCAGGGCGUCGGCGGCGGGGAGGAUGGGGUGCGCCACGCGGCUGGAGGGGAUACCGGAGGAGGAGGAGGCGGGGCCGUGCGAGUGCGGGGCGUGCGGAGACGAGUGGGAGAUGGUCGGCCACACCGACGACGAGUUCAAGGAGCACGCGGAGGAGGUGGAGGCGGAAACGAUGCGGUGGGCGCUGGAGAUGGGCGCCUGGGCGGUGUGCGUCAGGGUCGGGCUGCUCGCCACCGCCCGCCGGUUCAGCCGGAGGCGGCCCGCGCUCCGGUGAUCCCGCCAAGAGUCAAGUGUACGUGUUCGCCAGGAUUUUGUAGUACGUAGCCUCCUGUUUCUUAAGAAGUUCUCAAGAUUGUAGUAUGUAUAUACACGCGAAUCAAUCAACAGUCAAGACAUCAGAUGCCAUCUUACAAAUUGUUCAUGAGUUGAUCCAUACAUCCAGUUGAAUUCUCUGCGUCAGUCGCCAUACAAUCUGAAUAAGAUCUGAAGCCUUGACCUAGCUAUG